GACACCUCUCCCUCUCAGAGGCGCGCGAGAUUUACCGUUACUCCAGCCCACACCUCCAGGCCAGGUUUCUUACUACCUGUGCUGUUUGUUGAUGUUGUAACCAGUUCAGUGGAUAAAGUUUUAAGUGUGCGAGGAUCUAAGAGGCUACAGAAAAGUUUUCGUAGAGACGAUGCGGGAAGAGGACGCUUCCCAAAUGGACAGUGCAGGAAACAGCGAGGAGGAGACAGACCGUCAGCUGCCGAGGAGAGGCGCGAGGAAGCGGCGGGCGACACGGAGGAGCGCGGAUGAAGAAGAGGAGGGAGACACUGAGAGUCCGAGUCCAGGGAAGAAGAAAUGUAGGAAAAGCUGCGACGCAGGAGGCGGGAGCGCGGGCAGCGAAGGGAGCAGCAGCCCCGCGCCUUCUUUCGAUGACCUGCACACACAGCGCGUCAUGGCCAACAUCCGCGAGCGGCAACGGACGCAGUCUCUCAACGAGGCUUUCACGUCGUUACGUAAGAUCAUCCCCACCCUGCCGUCGGACAAACUCAGCAAGAUUCAGACGUUAAAGCUCGCAGCCCGGUACAUCGACUUCCUGUGCCAAGUUCUUCAAAGCGACGAGCUGGACGCGCGAGGGACCAGCUGCAGCUACGUGGCGCACGAGCGGCUGAGCUACGCGUUCUCUGUUUGGAGGAUGGGGGGAGCGUGGUCCCUGUCUACAACGUCCCACUAGCAGGCUGAAUGAGCAGCACGAUUAUACAACCUGAAGAACCAGUGGAUCAGGCCAACCCUUCAGAGAGACUGAAACAGGCCAUCCACAGAGGAGGCUGAGCCGCUGCAGAGCUCAAGGCCUCAGAGGAGAACGAGCGUUUCACAUUCCCCUCUGCAUGGACUGAAACGUUUGUGAGGGAGCACUUAGGACAGACAGGACGGAUAUGAAGGAAGAAAAGACCACUGCGACUAUGAAUGUUGUAAAAAAUGAGCUCUGAGGGACUGCUCUGGUUAAGAAAGCAACAAGUCAUUCCACACUCCCUGUGACAAUGUCUCACAGCAAAUGAAGUAUUUAUUUUUCUACACAGACUCCAAAUUCCUUUUCCUUUCCCUCUCCAAUAAACCGUAUUUAUUUUGGGAUGUCUCAGAAUGCUGACUAGAUCUGGAGUCUCCACAUUGUGCGUGUUGUAAAUAUUUGGUAAUCUCUUGAAUUAAAACUGAAAGUAUCAUUCCUACCCUCCAGUUGUCUGGAUAUUCAUUACAUGCCUAUAGGCUCUCUGAAAGAGGUAGGAAAAUAAAACAAUAAACCAUCUAACUAUGAAGGCAAAAGGGUGCUUAUUUAAAAAAAAAGUUUUGAAUACCUGAAAUGUCUCGAAACAAACUCAUUUCCCAUAGCCUCAGUGCUUUGGGCUCACUCAGCAAAGUUUAUUUUCAUUGGUUG